AUGCCCAGAAAUGCUGUUCAAAUUGUUGUUGAUGGUAUGGAAACAGUACUUUCAGAAGGUAUUGGUGUUUUUGUAAAAAGUAGUGCACAGAAAUUGUUGUCUGAAGGCAAAAUGUCAAAAGAAUGUUUUGGUUCUUUUAUUAAUGUUGUAAAAGAUAUUGAAAGUGCAUUAAACAAUUUUAAAACUGAACAUAAAAGAUUUUCAUAUUUUAAUAAGCAAGGUUCCUUUAUAGAACUAAAAGAAAUGGUUAUAGGUCAAAGACUCAAUAAAGUUGUUAAAAGUGGUAUAUCCAUUCUAGAACCUUCUAUUUGUACAGAACAAUUUAUAUCUCUGACUCUACGAAAUGUUUUAAAAAAUUUUUUUUCAUUACAAAAUGUGCUUUCUGAAACAUUAGACCAUAUGAAAACUUUAAAAUCAGAUAAUAAAGUUAUUCAAAACUUUAUUCAAGGCACAUAUUGGCAAAGCAGAGCUGUUAGUCACAAUGAUCGUGUUGUCUUUCCACUUUUUGUAUUUUUUAAUGAUUUUGAGAGUGGCAAUGCCCUUGGUAGCCAUUCUGGAAUACAUAAAUUAGGAGGAGUUUAUGUCUCAGUACCAUGUUUACCUUCUUAUCGUUCUACAGUAUUAUCUAACAUUUUUCUAGCCUUAAUUUUUCACUCUGCCGACAGGGUUGAAUUUGGAAAUAGGAUUAUUUUUCAGCCUCUAAUAGAUGAAUUAAAUUUUUUACAAGAAACUGGUAUUGAAAUAAGUACACCAGAUUAUGAAGGUAAAUUAUAUUUUGAGUUGGGGCUUAUUUUAGGUGACAACUUAGGAUUACAUUCCAUCACAGGUUUUACUGAGAGUUUCUCCUCAAACUUUCCGUGUAGAAUGUGUACAAUGAGAAAAGAACAUAUGUGGGUUCAAUGUUAUGAAUAUCAGAUUUUAUUAAGACAUACUGAGCAGUAUUAUGCUCAAUUAUCACAGAAUGAUGUGUCUGCUACUGGAGUAGAUGUCAUGCAUGUCAUGCUGGAAAGGUGUUCUAAGUAUAUUAUGAGUUUUAUUUUAAAAUACUAUAUUAAGGAAUUAAAGCUUUUUACGCUACAAGUAUUGAAUGACAGACUAUUUUGCUUUGACUAUGGACCUGAAAACAAUAAGCCGUGUGCACUAACUGAAGAUUAUAUUAAACAAGGAAAUAUUAGACAAUCUGCAUCUGAAAUAUUGACAUUAAUUAGGUACUUUGGGUUACUAGUUGGUGAUUUUGUACCCUCAGAAGAACCAGUUUGGGGUCUAUAUAUUGCUAUGCGGAGAGUUAUGGAUGUUAUAUUAUCAACAUCACUUGAAUUAGGCAGUUGUUCAAUGCUUCAGACCUUAGUUGCUGAAAUUAAUGAUCUUUAUUUAAAGUAUAGUAAAAACAGUUUAAAACCAAAAUUUCAUUUUUUAACACACUAUCACUCUUUAAUUAAAAAAAUUGGACCCGUAAUUCACCUAUGGUCUAUGAGAUAUGAAGCAAAACAUAAAGUAUCAAAAAUUUCGGCCAGGUCUUCAUUCAAUAGGCGUAAUAUUUGCAAAACUUUGGCAAUCAAACACCAACUUAAGUUGAAUGAAACAUUUAUUAAUGGUAAAUUAUGUAAUAAAAUAAAAGUAGGACCUCAAAUAGAAUUGGACUCAAUAAAACAGUAUCAAAUUCAAAAUAAACUAAAUCUGAAUAUAGGUGAAUCAUUAUUUCGAGUAAAUUGGGCUGAAGUGGGAGGAACUCGUUACAAACCUAAAACCAUAUUGACGUUAGACAUUUUAAAUGAUAAUAAUCCUCAAUUUGCUAUUGUAAAGAAUGUUUUUCUUUAUGCGCAAAACAGGGUAAUUUUUGAGUGCAACAUUUUAACAACAAUCGGCUUUGAUGAACAUUAUUACUGUUAUGAAAUAACAUUACCAGAAACCAAUAAUAUUCAUUAUGUAUUUCAGGAUUUACUCCUUUCUCAUGUAACAAAUACUUUAAAUAUUGUAUCAAAUGGAACAAAAUAUAUAACUGUAAGAAGUCCUUUUUAA